UGGCUACUCUAUCAUCCCACUUGUGACAUCUUUAUCAGACCACACCCUUACAUCACAGCAACCGUCCAACAUACCUAAAGGUAGUCGCCUACUAGGUCGGAAGUACUACAGUACUAAUCCAUUGUGCCUGGUGGGUUUCUGCAACUUGCACAGAUAUUCCCAGAAUCCCCUGCAUCACGGCCGCCAGAGGUGAUCAACCAAAUCAACAUGGCUAUGUAUCAACACGCUAGGCAUUACUCGCCCGUACAUAGCCUUCGAAGCCAAUGGGCUUGUAGGCUACAAAUGCCAACAAGCAGCCGACGUUUCUUCACCACCUGCCAACCACUACAUGGCUCAUAUGCAGACACUCUGCCGUCUCUUCGGAUCAACAGCAACACGCGCGUGAUUUUUCAGGGCUUUACAGGAAAACAGGCCACAGCAAAUGCUAAGGACUCUUUAGCAUGGGGGACCAAGAUAGUCGGUGGUGUGAUCCCGGGCCGCACCGGAGAGCAUCUCGGCCUUCCCGUGCUACCUUCCGUACGCCAGCCGGACGCAACAGGCAUCUAUGUUGCCGCCCAUCAGGCCCCCGGGGCUAUCGAAGAGGCCAUCGAAGCCGAAGUACCACUUAUAGUCGCUGUCGCCGAGCAUAUUCCAGUUCACGACAUGCUCAGAAUCCACUCCAUGCUCAAGACUCAGUCCAAGUCGAGACUUGUCGGUCCUAACUCUCCCGGCAUCAUCUCGGCUGUAGGGAAGUGUCGAGUAGGGUUCCAACCAUUGCCAUGCUUUUCGCCAGGGCGGGUGGGAAUUGUAGCCAAAUCAGGCACUUUGAGUUACGAAACUGUUGCAUCAACCACCAGGGCCGGGCUUGGACAGAGUCUGUGCAUAGGCGUGGGCGGCGACAUGGUACCUGGAACGGACAUGGUAGAAGCGUUGAGUGUCCUUGAGAAAGAUCCAGACACUGAAGCCAUCGCUUUGAUUGGUGAGAUCGGUGGAAUGGGAGAGCUCGAGGCUGCAGCUUGGAUCAAAGAAUACUACUCUCGUAGUAAAUCUCCCAAGCCGAUUAUUGGUCUUAUAGCCGGCGUAAAUGAGGCACCGGGCCGCAUAAUGGGGCAUGCCGGUGCUUUUACGUUCCUUGGAGAACCUACUGCAAAGGCGAAGAUCGCAGCACUCGAGGAAUCUGGUGUGACCAUGGUUAAUCACCCAGCCAAAAUAGGCGAUACUCUAAAGACAAAGUUGCGAGAAGGCACAACUGGGUCCGGCACGACGAGCAGAUCCCAACCUUUCGCGACUGGCAUGCAAAGGCGUCAGCUUCACUUUAUGAGAGGGCCCGGACGGCGUUCUCCCGCGGCCAGUCUAUCUGUCCAUAACAAGCAGCAGUAUCAACAACGACGGAGUAUAUAUCUCGAUGUAAACCAAUGCUUUGAUGAGCUCCGCGCCCGCGGCGGGAUAAACUGCGGCCCCUAUUCCGGCCAUGGCACCCGCCGCCUUCUAGCCGUCGGCAUCGAUCGCUCAGCACGAUCUCCUGCCAUCCUGGUCGCCCCUUCUAUCGAAGACUGGAUGGAAGGGGCCCAGCGCACCUCCGCGCCGGUCAAGAGCUUUCCGUUUGACUACCGCCGGGGACCCGACGAAUUGGCCAUCGAACGGCUCGCGAGCUACCUCCAGCUGAGCAACAAGGGAGACAGCGCGGUCGACUCACUCCGGCGGCUCAUCGAGACCUUGACCACUCUGUUCUAUGAAAAGGAGGGACUCCUCCUGACGACGCACAUCGUCGAGCGACUCAGAGAAAUAAAAGUCGUUCACGCCCGCUUUGCCUUCGAUCAAGCCACCUUCCGCAACGGCACGCCUCCGGACAAGAUCAAGGCUAUGUAUGUCCGCGCUACCGAUGAGCCGGCCGAGGUCAAGGCGGAACGGAGCGGCAUCGUGUACAUCAAGCUGCCCGGGGAGGACGCAACCAUCGGGACGCUGGUGAACGGGGCCGGGCUGGCCAUGAACACGGUCGACGCUCUUGCGGACGCGGGCGGGAAGGCGGCCAACUUCUUGGACACAGGCGGCAAAGCUACGAGUGAGACGGUGAAAGAAAGCUUUAUGAUCAUAUUGCAGGACCCGCGCGUGCGUGUGGUAUUUGUGAAUAUCUUUGGAGGACUGACACGGGGUGAUAUGAUUGCCCACGGCAUCGUUGUGGCCUUUAAGGAGCUGUCGCUUACGGUUCCGGUUGUGGUGAGAAUCAGGGGUACGAACGAGACGGAGGGACAGAAGAUCACUGCGGAUAGUCAGCUGCCGCUUUAUGCGUUUGAUGAUUUUGAGGUGGCGGCGGCCAAGGCGAUCGAGUUGUCUCGCAGGUAGAUGGAUAGUUUUGCGGGUGAUUGUUCAAAUCGUUGCCAGAUGACGUCAAGCAAAAUAAGGCGAAAAGCUGAAAAAGAAAAAAAAAAAAAAG